GUUUCCGUUGCACUUGAAUCAUUUGUGUCAGAUUUGUUCAUCUACCGCACAAACCCAAACAAUAGCCCGCAUGUAUAUUCCGAUAAAUCCAGAUCAAUCUGAGGCGCUUCAGCGCCAUGUACAAGCAACAGAAGAGUAUACCGACAAUGCAAAUCAUUCUCUUAUCGCCAUCUCAACCAUUACGAAAAAAGUACUUUCGUCAAUACAGCGACGCUCAAACUCUGGAACCAACACCAACCUCAUAAUUGGCCUUGUCGUCGGCUUCGUCCUCGCCGCAUUCAUUGUCGGCGUUUGCAUUUUCCUCUGCUGUUAUGGAGAUUCCAUCAAGGUCUAUAAAAAGAAGCAACGACAUAGAAGACGGUCUAG